AUGACUAUCAAACAGAAAGUUUUAUUCUUGGAGGUACCUAAUAGAGAAGUGCUUGAACGCUUUGAGCAAUUGUUUGAGUGCAUAUAUUAUGAACUAACAACGAUAGAACAAUGCAUUAUCGACUUUCAAGGAAGACUUAAAAAUGUUGAAGGUAUUUAUUGUGGCUGGGCUGGUUUCGCACCUGUUGGUGGGUUCAGAGGCAAACUUGUUGAUUUUGCACCCAGAAAUUUGAAAAUCAUUACUACAUGUUCUAUUGGAUAUGAUCAUUUUGAUGUGCAGGCAUUGACCAGGAAAAACAUAAUAUUAACAAAUAGCCCUUCAACCAUGGCCUAUGAUGCUGUUGCAGAUUUGGUGCUUUAUAACACCAUUGCCAGUUUCAGAAAUUUCAAAAUAUACGAGCUGAAUUUUGGAAAGGAACGCUACUCACAAACGGGGAUAUUGACAAAUUCUUUAAUAUCGGGUAAGUUUGAUCAGGGUCAUGGCGUUGCUGUUACCACACCAGUUCGGGGGAUUGCAUAUGGGAAAUCUUGUUGUGGACGAUCCAACCUUUCUCCCAGAAACCACCACGUUGUGAUUGUUGGGUUUGGCCAUAUAGGUCAAGCAAUAGCGGCGCGAUUAUCAUCAAUUGGCAUGAUCAUCCACUAUGUCAAGCGCAACAAAUUGAGUGAGAAAGAAGAGAGAAAGUUGGGGUUCCCUAUAACUUUCCACCAAAGUCUAUCUGAUACUACAAGCUUUGCCGACUUGGUAGUAAUCGCUUGUCCCGGAACACCUUCUACGCAGCACAUGGUAAAUAGUGACAUGAUCAACAGUAUGGUCAAGCAAUUUCGAAUUAUUAAUGUUGGAAGAGGAUUUGUAAUUGAUGAAAGCGCUUUGGUGAGAGGCUUGAAGAGUGGGAAGGUAUUGUUUGCAGGAUUGGACGUGUUUGAAGAGGAGCCCCAUGUUCAUCCUGCUCUUCUCGAUAGGCAAGAUGUUGUUUUGACUCCACAUAUUGGCUCUGCCUCUACCGAGAAUUAUAAUUACACAGCUGUUGCUUGCCUAGAAAACAUUGAGGCUGUCUUGUUUAAUUUCGACAAGACAGUUACGAGAGCCCUAUAUGACUACGAUGCACAGGCAGAAGAAGAGUUGUCAAUCCAUACUGAGGACUUAUUAUAUUUGUUGGAGAAAUCCGACAUCGACGACUGGUGGAAAGUCAAGAAGAGAGUGAUUGCAACCGGAGAUGAAGUCGUUGAUGAGCCCUCAGGAUUGGUUCCAUCGACAUACAUCGAAGAAGCACCUGUUAUCAAGCAAGCUACCGCUUUGUACGAUUAUGAUAAACAGACAGAGGAAGAAUUAUCCUUUAAUGAGAACGAUGUAUUUAAUGUCUAUGAUUUGAGCGAUCCAGACUGGAUUUUGGUGAGCAAUUCUGGCAAGCAAGAGUUUGGUUUCGUCCCUUCCAACUACAUUCAACUCGAUACAGCUGCAGUGGCCACCCAACAGCCCCAAAAGCCCCAACAGCAGUCACAACAGGAGAAUUUGUCUUAUCAACCACCUCAAGCCCAGAGCUACCCUACAAGUCAGCCACAAAUUCCUAUUCCAAAUUUCCCCCCACCUCCUUCCCACUUUCAAGAGUCGGCCACCUCAGAGCACCCACCUCCCACCCCAGAAAAGGAUAUUGCAAGACCAUUCCCAUCACAACACGACUCAUAUAAUAGAAUAGAAGACAAUUAUGAAGAAGAAGAGGCGCCACCCCCAAUGCCAAGCAGACCAACCGGUCCCGCCUCAGAUCCAGUGGCAGGCUCCAGCUCUAAUUACGAAGAGGAGCAAGAAGUGCAUACUUCAACAGAUACGGAGCAUAAAUUUGAUGGAGAGUUUUUCACGUGGUAUAUCGAUGAGCUUGAUGGACGUAAAAAAAGACCAAUUAAGGUAUCAGUUGGACAAGGGUUGAUCAUUAUAAAGCCAAACACUUUUAAUCCAAAGAAAUUAAGAUUAAGAUCUGCGUCGCAUAUAAAUAAUCAAUGGGAAAUUAAAGAUUUAACUAGCGUUAGCAGUGAAAAGAAGCAUGUAUUCUUGGAGCUUCAAAACCCACCAGCUUCAUUGGAAUUACAUGCGGGAACCAAAGAUGUCGCCGAUGCCAUCACUUCUAUUUUAGGGGAGUUAAAGGGUGCUGAAAAGGCGGCGGGUUUAAAGGAAGUUCAAAGAGCAUCUCAACCUAGUACUGGUGGAUCCAACAAAAAGGUUGGCCGGUUGAUCUACAACUUCAGAGCCCAGGGCGAUGACGAAUUAAAUUGUAGAGAGGGAGAUGAAGUAUACAUUGUGAAUCAAUCAAAGUCAGCUGAUUGGUGGAUGGUUGAGAAUAUCACCACCGGAAGACAAGGAGUAGUUCCAUCAUCUUACAUCGAGGUGGUCAGUACAUCAAGGUUGGACGAAUUGACUGAUGGUCCAGCAAGAAGGAAGUCUAUGUCCAGUUCCAAGGGCAAAGUUGUGAAUGGUAGGGAGAGUCGUCAUCAACACCAUAGAACAAGAGAUGAACGUGAAAGAGUCAGGGAAAAAGACAGAGCACACAGAGAAAAACAGAGUUCCGGACAUGAUGAACACGACAAGUCCAUGCCUAACUUUCACCGUGUUAGAACCUGGAUCGACAGUUCAGGUACAUUCAAAGUUGAAGCUGAGUUUUUGGGCUGUGUUGAAGGAAAAGUCCAUCUACACAAGACUAAUGGUGUAAAAAUUGCCGUUGCCGCUGAGAAGUUAUCGAUUGAGGAUUUGGAGUAUGUUGAGAAAAUCACUGGCACUUCCUUGGAAAACUAUAAACAAAUGGUGCAGAAACAAUUGGAAAAGAAAGCCAGAUCAAAGAGUAAGUCAGGAGCCGUGUCGGCACAACCCGAGGCCAAGAGUAGACAAUCGGCUACAGCUGCCAUUAAUGCUUCUGAUGCGCCUCCCCCUCAACCCUCUAGACCCAGACCAAGUGGUCAUGACUCAAAUGGGGCACCAGCCUAUGACUGGUUCGACUUUUUCUUGGAAUGUGGAGUUGAUGUGGGUAAUUGCCAGCGCUACACACUUAAUUUUGAGCGUGAGCAAAUGGAUGAAAAUAUAUUGGAGGACAUCUCUCCAUCUUUGCUAAGAACAUUGGGCUUGAGAGAAGGUGAUAUAAUCAGGGUAAUGAAAUAUUUAGACAACAAGUACAACAGAAAGAGAUCAGUCGAGCCAGAGCAACAAUCUACUGGCAGUUUAUUUAUCGAUAACAAUGGUGCACUAAAGAAUAACUCAUCGACUGAAUUAUCCAAGGUGACGAGAGAUGCUUUGCCCUCUCCAGUCAAGACACAACAAUCAACCCUUGAAGUGCCUUCAACACAACCCCAGCAGAAUGCAAAGAUUGACGAUGAUGCUUGGGCAAUGAAACCAGCAGCCAGAUCAAAUGAAAAUUUGCUCAAGCCGUCUCCUCAGCCACAAACACCGCAGUACACAGGCAGCUUAUCUGACUUGGUCAAUAUCAAGCCAGUUGAGAACAAAUCUGAAAGUCAACAAGUACAACAAGCGCCAUCAGCACCUCCACUCCAACCAACAAAGACAUCUUCUAUUCCACCGCUCCAACCUACAAAAACCGCAGGAACAACGGAUGCGCAAAACAGUGGUGGUGUUUUGGUUCCUGCACAACGUACUGGUGGUUUUAUUCCCAUCCAAAGAACUGGUGCCGGGGUCAGUGCAAUGCCAACCGGUGGGUUGUUACCCGCACAGCCAACCGGGUUCAUCCCGAUCACCUCUCAACCAACAGGUUUUAUCCCUAUUCAAGCAACAGGUAUUCUUCAGCCACAAUUGACUUUUGGACUCGUUGCGUUGCCAACAGGGCAAAAAACUGGCGGAGGGCAAGCACCACCCACCACUUUUGGCCAAUCGCAGUCAUUCCAACCUAAUUUUGUACCUCUUCAAACAGGCACUGCCAGCGUACCACAAACAUCGUUUGGUACUCAAAAUACUGGUGGAUUACCUAGUACAACCUUUGGUACUCAAAAUACAGGAGGCUUGCCUUCCACAAGUUUCAACCAAAAUCCCUUGGUCCCAGCCCAAAGAACAGGAGGUCAGAUUACUGGUGGAUUUAUUCCACAAUCAAAUUUUGGCAAACAGAUUACUGGUGGUUUCAUGAAUACAAACACAGCACCAUUUGGCCAACAGCAACCAACUGGAGGAGUCAUGCCGCAAACAUCUUUUGGACAGCAACAGACUGGGGGCAUGAUGCCACAAACAUCUUUUGGCAACCAAAUCACAGGUGGACAGAUGCCGCAGUCAAGUUUUGGUCAGCCUGCCGGUGGGAUUUUCCCCAACUCUUUUGGUCAAAGUAAUGGAAGUUUACCUUCCACAUCAUUUGGUCAAGCAAGCUUUUCUCAGCCUUUACAAAACACAUUCCAACAGCAGCAACCCUUCAAUCAAUUCACACAGCAGCCAACCCAAUUCAACCAGUUUAACCAACAACCACAACAGCAACAGCCACAACAACCUAACAUGAAUCAGAUGACUAACAUGUUCCAGAAUACUUCAAUUUCGCAACCAUUUAACCAACAGGGCGCUUUUGGAAACUCUCAGUUUGAGGGUUUCAACUCUCAACCAUUGCAAACACAACCAACAGGUAUGGGAUUUGGAAAUGCACCAUUGCAGUCUCAAGCUACUGGUAAAAGAGCAAACCUCGCGGCAGCUACACCAGACAACCCAUUUGGAUUUUAA